CAACCACGCUGCCUGCAGACUCUAGUCUGCAAGGCCAGCAAGGCAACCAUCCUUUUUGCAACUGCAUGACGGCCCUUUUGUCCCUUACCUUCAUCAACUGAAUACAAAGAAAGUGCUUCUGCUCUUCCCCACAAACUUUAACCUGGCCUGAAACUUUGGCAGAAUCUUGCACUGUCCAGCGCCCCCUUUUCUGAGACAACAAGUACAGCUGGCAUAAGGAGGACACCCGUAACAAUGGUGUCCCUCUGGCCGUGGAAGCAGGACAACUCGUCCCCAGCUUCCUUCGAAAGAACCCUGUCUGCACUCUCUGCAAAGAUUGCAAACACUCAAGCCAGCCUCGACAGAACAAGAGCCUCCUCACGACGUAUUAGGGUCCUCGGGACUCUCUAUCUAUCUUUUGCCUACCUGGUUUAUGCUGUUGUGGCCUUUCUUGUCGUGGGCUGGAACAAGAUGGGAGUCUAUGAGUGGACAGGAAUGGCUGGUGGCCCCGUGCUGAUCUACCUUGUUCGCACUAUUUCUUCGACCGUCUACGAACUCCGCAUCGAGACCUUGACCACCCGGUUGAAGGGCCAGCAGGCCGAGCGUGCCAAGACGAUUCAAAAGUUGAAAGAUGCUACAAGGUACGACUCGACCCUAGAGUUGCUGGAGAAGUACGGAGGCGGCGAGGGAAAGCCCAAGAUCAAGAGAAAGUCCACUGGGGACCGUCAAGAGGAGGGGACAAAGAAAAGCCCUGGGGCCAGCCAGAGACAGAACACAGGCACACCGAACCGCAUCUACAUGGCCCCUCCGCCUACGGCGAACAUACAAAGCCACAAGAUGGGGUCUCCCAACCCAGGGAUGCCGCAGCAGCAAGAAAAGGGGCCAUUCAUCCAUACUCCGCAGCAACAACAACAACAGCGCCUGCCUUCGCCUGACGGGCGAAUGGACCUUACCGCCGAAUUCUCUCCGAACGCCUUUGAUCACCCCAGACCACCCCAGGUCGCUGGGACACAGUACGAGGUGGCUCCGACCGGUCUACAAAAUCAUUGGUACGAUAGGAUCAUGGAUCUGCUGCUUGGGGAUGAUGAGACGGCAGCCAAGAAUCGCUUCGUCCUCAUCUGCAAGCGGUGCCGCCUGGUCAACGGCCAGGCCCCACCAGGAACUACCAGUCUGUCGGACUUGGGCAUGUGGAAAUGCAUGGGCUGCGGCACCAUGAACGGUGAGGUGGACGAGGGUAAGAGGCUCGUCAAGGAGGUCCUGGGCCAACAGAUGGAGCAGGACUCCCUGACAGAUGGCGGGCACGACGAUGGAGAUUCGAGCGAUGUGGCUGAAAGUCAGAGCGAGAAGGGACCAAUCGAAGGCGAUGAUGCCACGGCACCGAAAGAGGAGGCAAUCAAAGAAACACCAGUGGCCAAAUCGAAGGGAAGGAGCAAAAAAUGAAACCAGCACCGCGGAACUGACUUACACAACGAAAAACGAAUCUAGGAAAUAACCAUAGCCUAUCGAGAACUUUUGGCUCCUGGUUCUACACUC